UUGUUAACGGUGCUUACCAAAUAACUCAUGUAGGACAAGCAGAAGGACAGUGACUGUGCUACUCAUUAGUCCAUUUAAGUGUCUAAUACAGCACGAAACCGAAAAGGGAGCUUAACAUUCGGCUAUCAGCUAGUUAUAUAGAUCAUGUCCACGCGAAAUGAUUUUCGGUACCGCCACUAGGUCACUGACUUAUCUUUCUGUGAGUGUUCAAGUAUAUUGUGCAAAAGUACCAAAUCGACAAUGUCCAACAGAGCCCAAUUCCUAUGGGGGCUGGUGGUACUGCUCGCCAGUGGUGUAAGAAGUGAUUAUGACUGUGUUUGUAACUACAACGUCGAAACUGCGGUCCAGUCUGAUGCAUCCACUUCCGGCCAGGCCCUCGGAUACAUGUACGAGUUCGAUUGUAAGGCCAAGGGCUACGAGUCUCCAGAACCAGAUUGGCUAGUCAUUCAGUUUGAACACAAGUACGGCUAUAUCCAAAAAGACAGCAAUAUCCAGGUACAGACGUGUCCUGGAAAUCCACCUGACUCCGACCAAGUUCCAACAACCACAGUGGAGGUCACCUCUACCACGACUUCACAGCUGACAACUACAUUGCCUUCACCGACAAAUGCUACAACAACAACGACAACAACAACACAGCAACCUUCAUCAACAACGACCAUAACAACAGCAGCAAAAACAACAAUAACAACAACACCAGCACCAACACCUACAACAACACCUGCAACGACGACGACGACAACAACAACAACAACAACAACACCUACAACGACAACAACAACAACAACAACACCUUCGAAAACAACAACAACAACAACACCUACAACCACAUCAAUUCAAACAACGACAAAAAGCACUCCAACAACUGCAACAACUGCUACUACAGCGUCAAGGCCGACCACCAUACUACAAACACUUUCAACUCCAAGCACAUCAACAACGACACAAUCAACAACAGCAUUACAAACUAUAACAACCACCAAAACGCAGACAAUGUCGACAGUCGCCUAUUCGUACAGCUGUUCGGCAACCCAUUUUAACUACGCGGCGCAUGAACACGGGACCCUAUUCACGGUUGGCAGAACAUGCUACGAGAUUGUUCCUGUACAUCACACCUGGUCAUAUGCGGAAUCCGACUGUCAACAGAGAGGCGGCCACCUUGCGCACAUAUCCGACAGUUAUCACCAAAGUGCUGUUUACAACGUUGUCAGGCAAUACCAUGGAGACGAUGUUUGGAUUGGUCUACACGACAAAAACCGUGAAGAGCAUUUCGAAUGGACAUCAGGAGAUCCUGUUAAUUAUACCAAUUGGAUGCCCGGGCGAAAGAGCCUUUUCUUCCACGGACUAGAAGACUGUGUCAGUUUAAGUUUAGGACAAUAUGCAGGAAGGUGGGAAGAUGAAGAAUGCGGGAACACAUAUGGAUACGUAUGCGAGUUUGCGGCUGUUUUGACACCAGUGGACUCCCAUGCAUCACCGGCACCGACAACGUCUUCCAUAAAAGGAGAUAUAAACAUGUGUCCACCGAAAGCCGUAUCCCUAGCACACCGCUAUGGGACACUAUUAGUACAGCAUGAAAGGAGCUGCUACGAACUGCUGCACAAUAAAGUCACAUGGGACCAUGGAGAAGCCCUAUGUCAGCAGGCAGGCGGACAUUUAGCACACAUUAAUAACGCACAGGAGCAGAAUUACAUACAAUCAUUUAUGAUGGCAUAUAAUCCAACAAAAGCCUUCUGGAUUGGCUUACAUGACAGACAAACUGAGGGACGAUUUGAAUGGACUGCAGGCGACCCGGUGACGUACACAAACUGGAUACCUGGUCACUCAGACAACUUUGUGAGUCACAACGUCGAGGAUUGUGUGGCAUUUGUACCGUACAAAGGGGGCUUAUGGGACGAUAUCCCCUGUGGAUCACAGAGCUUCUUUGGUGACACUGGAGAGACGCAUCUCUCCUUUUGUGAAUACACCAUCGCAGCCAGUGGAGGGGUGCUAGUUGGACGCUGAUGUCCAGACAUUGUGUAAUUUGUAUGUAGCUGUGCACAAUAC